AUGGUUGUACGCAUCUGUCCCACUACCAACAAAUUUCAGUAUUUGUUGCAAUCAACACAAAAGGGUUCGGCAGCUAGGCAAUUAGUAGAAUCUUUCCUGCCAACAGGAAAAAAUUAUGAGGAAGCUGUCAAAUGUUUAAAACAGCACUUCGGAAGAGAUGAUUUAUUGAUCGAAGUUUAUAUUAGAGAGCUUGUUUCGUUGGUCAUAAAUAACACAAAUCCUCAAGUGCAUGCUUAUGAGGACCAAUUGUUGAGGACUGACGUCGCUGGUAAACUGCUCACAGGAGAGGACUGGUUGGACCAGGGUAUUAUUGAGAAGGUAGAUAUUUCAGAACCUGAACACUACUUAUCUCAUCGCCCUGUUUUCAAAGAAAAUUCCAUAACGAAGAUUGGGACCGUUUUCGAUGGAUCUGGCCGAGACAAAAACUUGCUAUCGAUAAAUGAUUGCUUAGAAAAGGGGCCCAAUUUGGUUGAAUUGAUUCCUUCUGUUUUAAACAGGUUUAGAAUAGGCAGAAAUGGAGUUAUUGCCGAUAUUGAAAAGGCAUUUUUGCAGAUAGAACUCCAUGAAGAUGAUAGGCCUUAUUUGAAAUUUUUGUGGUGGCAGAGUGGGCAGAAAGAAAACUUAAAAAUUUUUCAGCACCGAAGAGUAGUUUUUGGAAUAACCUCCAGCCUGUUCUUACUGGGAGCAACUCUUGAUUAUCAUCUAAAUGAUGCUCCCCCUGAUUACAAAGAAACGGCUCGAAAUCUUUUGAAGGCUUUUUAUGUGGACAACUGUGUCCAAAGUGUUGAAAAUGAAGAGGAAUUAAUGAAAUUCAUUCAUGCAUCACAAGAGAUUCUAAAAUCUGCAAAAUUCAACUUACGAGGGUGGGAGCAUACCCCCUUUGAAGAAAAUGAAUCUUUCACAGGGUCUCAAGAUAAGCGGCUCCAGAAACUCCAAAUAUUUACAGAUGAGAAUGGAAUUUUCUGA